AUGACAGGAAAAUGGAAGAAACGUUUUUUGAAAGGCUCCAAUAUGUCUAAAAGUUCCUCAAGUUCGAGUUCUUCCUCUGGUUCCUCAUCAGGUUCGGAGACUGAUGAUAGACAAGACGAUGAACCAUCUCCUGUUUUGAUUCGCGAACCACAGGCAGUCCGGUUAGACUUCUUUCUUUCAAAAUAAUCUAUAUUUUGUUGUAUGAUUGAUCACGAUGUGGAAUUCAAAACAAAGGAGUUGGUUGUAUCGUGAUUUUUUUUCAGAGUGUCGGGAUGGAGUAUCACACAUUCGAACAUAGAAGUCCCAUCUCAGCCUUCAUUUACUACCAGGUAAAAAGGUUCUAAUUGCAGUUGACGCAAAAUUCAAUUCGAAUCGAGACCUGUUUUGUUUUAUUAUUAAUGCUCAGUCACAUUAUUUUGAUAAAUUUUGCACAGAAUGUUUCGAAGUUAGCGUUUGAUUUGUUUUUCCUUUCAUAUACUUUCCACAAUAUACGAGAUACUAUGGAAGGAUAUGUCAACUCAUUAAUAAUUUAAGGAGAGAAAUCGAAACACCGUCGUCAUCAGAGCUGAAUAUGUGUUACUAGCUAAUCUUCAGCCUCUUAAAAUGCUCAUGCCACAUGUUUUUUCAAAGAUAACAGUGAUUCUUCAGUAAGCAAACCUUCUAAAUAAAGAUGAUAAAGAAAUUAUGGUUUCUCGAUUUAUUUUGUAAAUUUUCUUCAUGAAGUCCCCCCAGACCCAAGCCUCGCACAAAGAGAACAGACCAUGCUGAUGGUACCAGCAGCUAUGCAGAUGAAGUGCAACCCCUUCAGACACGCCCCCCUUGGCAGAUGCUGAAGACAAAUGAUGCCCUACCCCCUAGGGCUCUUACUGUAACAUCAGUGUCACAGGCCCAUGAUCUACAGGUAACUAACUAACACUAGAGGCACAUAAUGUUGAGUUUAUGUUCUUUUACUGGGAUCUGUAGUUUUCAAGAAUAAUGUUCUCUUUGAUUAACUUCCCUUUCUUAAGCAAAGUUAUUAUAAAAAUCAACAGGGUUAAACUUUUCUUUUAGGUUACCACAUGUAAUCCCAAGAACAAUUUUGUUUAAAAUUUUAAUUUGGUUUGAAUUUUUUCUUUGUCUUAUUUAUUUGCAAGAAGCCAGAAUCAGAAACAAAAAAUGGAGAUGUAACUUAAAUGUGCUCAUAUCAGAUUGUGUGACAUGUGAUCCAUAUAAAAUUUACAUUAUUUUAAAUAAUCAUCUCAUGAAUAAAAUAUGCUCCUUAACACCUGCUACUUUUGUACCUUGGUUACUAAGCUUGAUGAAUGCUUUAAAAAACCUAUUUUCACUGGAUUAUUCUAGAUAUAAUUAUUUUUGUCUGAAAGUAGAGCACUGAAUCACAGACCAAGAAAAAAAUAACAUUUGAGAGUCAGAUAUAUUUGUUUUCUUGGAUUCUGAGUUAAAAUGUUUAAAGAGAAGUGUCUGGUGUACUCAUCUAAUGAAAGCUUGGAUGAAGAUCAGGUAUAUAAAAAUGAUAACAAUAAACUAAUCUUGUUCAUGACUGAAAACACUUCUGGAAAAUGAUGUAAUCUUUUUGUUUUGAAGAGCAUGUAGAUUAAUUUUGGGCACACUAUUAUUUUUACUCUUUUUUUGCCAGAGUUAAAAUUUUAGAUUGAUCGGACUUUCAACAUGUUAUUUUCAUAUCUACUUUCAAUUUAUGACUUGAAUAGCACACUUUUGCGCAACAUUCUUAUUGAAUAUGCUUUCUGCUUUCUGUUCAUCACAUAAAUGUACAUGUUAUUGAAUUAUAGUUAGUGUAGUCUGCACAGAUCAGAGAAAUUAUUAUUUAGUUAUGGGUCAAGAGGUAACGAUUACUUAAGAGUAUUUUGCUGGAGCGGAUAUAUAACAUUUGCAUCCAGUUAUAAACAGUGAGGUAUCUUUUUCUGUGUAUGGUAUUUAUUUAAUAAAUUAUUCUUUGGGAAAAUAAUUAGAUCUCUCUCUUACCUCUUUUUUUUUAACAAAUUAUAAGCCUUCAAUUACAAAUUUGAUUUUCACUUAAAAUAUUUGCAGUUAGUUAUGAAAAGUCUUGACCCUUUCACUCCUAAUAUCUAACGAGCAUACUGUCCACCUUACAUUCCUCAAAGACUGUUUCUCCUGCAAAUGAUACCCCCCUCAUUCCUGCUGGUAUUAAUUCUCAUCAACUGUCUAGUUACCAGUGUAUUAAUAUUGUUGGGAGAAAUUACUCCCUGGUCACUCUUAGAAGUAAGAGGGUUGAAGGGGUCUUUCCAAUCAGUCACAUAAAUAGGACUGUUUUUUUUCUAUUCACCUAUGUCACAAAGUAAUUGUAGCAAAAGUUUCCUGUGCUAAUUCUUGCAAUCAAUGUCUGAGUAUUUUAAUAAAGUUUUAUUGACUCAAUUUUUGUCAAAUUUUGAUCUGUAGGCUGUGAUUGGAUUGGAAGCAGCCCAUGCCGAGGGCCAGUCUUCAUCUGAUUGGCUGGGAAGACACAGCAUUAAAGCAGAGGCUCUUUCAUUUGAUGAAAUCAUGAAAUGUGGAGUUCCUAUUAAGUUAGUCCAUCCCUUGUUGGCAUGUCUUAAAAAUUUGGUGUUAGUUCAAAAAGGCCAUACCUUUGAUGAUUAUCCAAACCUAAUUUUCAUGAUAUUGUCACAUUUAGACCUCCACUUGGCUCAGAUCCAAGUCAAGUUCACGUGAAGUAUGAUCCUGUCAAGCUGCAAGAUUUUGAAUUUAAAAUUACCAAGUAAGCUGCUUCUUGAGUCAAUGCAAUUUCUUCUUGUCUUUUACGUGUGUGUUAUAAAAAGUGUGUGGAGAAGAAAACUUUACUUAAAUUCCUCUAUGUUCAAUUUGGAAUUGAGGGAGACUUUUCAGUUCCAUGUUGUUGUUACAACUGCCCUGUCUUUUUAUUUUAACCCUAUGCUAUAUAUCUUGGUGAUCUUUGGUAGCUGGUCAUGAUAAAUACUUUUUUCUUAGGUGUCAUAUCUUUACAAGGAGGCAGAGUUACAGUAGUUGUUUGAAGAAAUUUUAACACUCUAUGGAAUUAAACCUAACUGUUUGAUAACAGUUUUGUGCUUUGUGGGUAUAUUACUCAGUUGGAACUAUUAUGAUUGUUAUGCUGAGUAGGCUCUGAAUGUUUUUUUUUCAGUCUGAUACAGCUGUGCCAGCAGAGAAUAAACUGGUUGUUGAAAGGAAGUAGAAGGGUAUGUUUGCUUUACUGAUAAUCUCUUUUGUAUGAUAGUACAAAACUGUAAUGAGAGGUGAGAAACUCCUUGUUUUGAAGGAAUAGUUAUAUUAUGAUGCAGGGAGUCAGAAGGGAGUGAUAUGACAGGACAGCAGUUUGGGAAAAGUGGGAGAGAUAAAAAAACCCUGGUGUAGAUAGGAUAAAGGGCUUAGCAGGAAGGGAUGGUGAAAAGAGAAGAGAUGAUUAUGCAACAAAGGGAGUUUGGUUGUGGUGCUCAGCCCAACAACAAUAUUUUGCUCUAAACAUUACAGCUCUAUGGCAAUUGCAUAUGAUUUUUGAAUGGCACUUUGCAUGGAACUUUUGCAUCAUUCAAUAUACUGAACUCUUGAAAAAGGUUUUUCAAGUAUACUCAGUUAUCCCUGAUUUUUGAAUCAAUUGUUUUCUAAUUUUGCCCAUCCAAGCUUCUCUUUUGGCCUUAUUGGUAGUAUUUGUUUUUAGUUGUAGUUGGUCAUUGCAGUGUGCUAGCAACAUGUAAUUCUCUAACCAGUUGCCUAACUGCAGUGUGGAGAUUCUGUGACCUAUAGCUACUUUGAAUUAGAUGUCAGUAACUAUAUUUCAGAGGGAACAAACUGAACCUGUUCUGACUAGUGAAUGGCUCAACUUUCAGACCAUGAUUAAUCAGUUUUGAUUUCCUUGUACUCAGGCAUUUGGUUUGGUGAAAGGCCAGAAUGUAGCUCUGUUAGUUGAUGCAUCAGACUCAAACUGUGGGUAUGGCAGACUACAGCUUUUUCAAGAAUCUCUUGGGGUAUGACAUUAAUACUUCAUAAACUUCAUGUUAUAAUUACAGUUCUAUGGAAAUUUGAGGCUGAUAAAGCAAUAUGCAAAUGAUCAUUAUCUCUGAUUCUUAAAGGAGCUUAUUGAUGAGCAGUUGGCCAACAAAGAAAGACUAUUCCUGGUAUCAUUUGGAACCCAACCCAAGCCAUUAUGGACAGUGGUCAGGGAUGUGAACUGUCGCAUGUAAGUUGUAGACUUUCAAGUAGGAGAUAAUUUUUAAUAACAAAUUAUUAUCUGUUUAGUAUGAACCAAUAACAAUUUUCCACAGUCUGUUCUCUGAUUACCUCAGAAUUAUUGAACACAAAGAGACCAUGCUAAUUGAAAAGGAUUUUAGAUUUCCUUUAAGGUAGUGCAAUCCAAGAUAUCUUUCAGCUCUUAAUUUAACAUUGCUCUAUCUCUAAUAAUGUUCAUGUGAUUUGAAAACUGUUUUCAGUGUUGAAGAGUCUCAUUGGUGGGCCAACAGUUUACGUCCUCAAGGAGGAUGCAAUGUUCUGUCUGCACUUAAACAGGUCGUCAAGAGAAAAGAGAUAGACUCUAUUGUUCUGGUCUUGGGAAGCUGGUAUGAUCAAAUAUCAUCAUUCAAUGUUGACCUUUGCAGAUUUGGCUGUUAUGAGGUUACAGAUGUAGUUAUGAUGUCAAUUUAUUUUCAAUGAUUUCGCUGUCUUGCAGCCCUGACCAGAAUCCCAAAGUAAUAUGCGAGUAUGUCCGUGAAUCUUUGGCAGGAAGAAACGCUCCUCUACAUACUGUGGCAUAUGACUGCAGCAUCUCAGCAACUAAUGUAAGUACACCCUUAUUAGCAUAAGCACACCAUAAAUUCAUGGGCUUUAGUCAAAGCUGUGCCGUUCAUCAAAUUAUCAUGUGCUUGAAAGCUCUUGUCUCAGAAAUCUGGAAUGCCUAGCUGUUAAAAGUUUUAUAAACACAAAGUAAUAGACCUUGCCUGUGGCAACCAGGCUCUGCUUCUACACUGCCCUCAUAAAUCCCACAAAAUAUGGAAAAUUUAUGCUGAAGUACAAGGGGCACAUUACCUGUUUUUUUGAUCUUUUAAAUUUGUGGCAAGAUUGGUUGACAUGUUUAAAAAUAAAUUUUUACAACUCAUCUCAUCACACCCCUUCCUUGUAAUGAUUGAUAACAGAGGGUGACUCUAGCACAACAUUAUUGAGGUGUAAAGUGACAGUAUUUGCAAUCUGAAGGAGGAUUUGUCCAAAAAAAUUUAUUACACAUGUUGAAUGAGAAAUUCUCUUCUAGGAAAAUAUUAACCAUAAUUAUCUUUUCAGAUGUUUCUUCAGGAGCUUGCUGAACAGACAGGAGGGAGAUAUCACUGUUAUGUCUCAACAAGUGAUGUGAGUCGGUGUAUAAAGGACUAUGUUAUGCUAAGGGCUGUAAUCAUUGUUAUUAAGUCAAAUAAAACAAAGAAUGUAACGGGCCAUUUUUUGUUUUAUCAAAUUUCUACCAAUUUUCAACAUGUGUUGAUCCAUUUCAGGAACAAAUUAUGACUGGAACUGAUCUCAGUUUAAUAGCUGAUGAAAUGAAGAAGGCUCAGGAAAUCUUGAAGAAGAUCCAUGAGAUGAAAAAUGGAGUCAUUGGUGAUAAAAAAAUUGUCAUGCACACAGGUGUUGGCACUACUGUGAGCACUGUAAGUAUUAAAGGUGACAUUUUAUCUGGAUAACAGGAUAAAAUUUUGUAGUGCUUUGAAAACCACCAGUAUUUCCAACAUGCAGUGUUGACUUUCUACUUUGUCUCUGUCAAGGUUCAGCAAGGUCUGGAACUUAUGAGGAUACCACCUGAAGAGGGUGAGAUACUGAAAACCGACAGCUCUCCACUUGUAGUUGAACACCCCUCAUUUCCAGCCCGGACAUCAGCUGAGUGGCUGAGACAGCAUGGGUUGAAAGGUAACCAACUAAUUUUUUUUUAUUCAAUUAGUGAGUUUUCCGUCCGAGGGUCAUCAAAAAAACUAAAACCAAAGUAAUUGUAACGGUCAUUGAGAAAUUGGAAAAAGUCAUCAGAAGCAUGAGAAACCAAAGGAAAUAGAUUUUCACUUUCUUAAUGCCCUUUGCCUGCCACGCAAGAAAUAAAACAGAUUUUUUUUAUUGACUGCACCUCAAGCUUCAAGCACAGGAAAAAAUUAAGUCACCAUGCCAAAGAUUGUUUUGAGCCAAAGAUCUCCAAAAACUAUUACUUGACUAAAGCCAUCCCUUGAACUGGUCAUUGUUAUCUGUUAUUUAUUAUUCUUCCCUCUUUACAGCCAAGGGACUCAAUCUUUAUCAAGUGUUAGCCCCCAAUUCAUUCUCGUACGUGGAUGGAUACAUUUCUGCCAUCAACAGAAAUGUGCAUUCUCUGGUCUAUGAGAGGGUAUGCUGGUCUCUUUUUAGACUUACGCGUCUUUCAAGGUUUAAAAAAAAAAAACAUAAAAAUUGAACUCAUUUGAACCUGGGUAUAAAUCACAUUACAAUAUUCCACGAGACUUGUUUCGCUGUGGAGGUUCACGUUUGGAAGUUUUUUCUCGCGAUGUUUGUUUUGUAUUUUUGGAUCAAUAUAUCUUUCGGAAGAAAAAAAAAACCGAAGCCUUUUCAUUUUAUAUGUUUUUAUUACUUAAUAUACAGAGUAUGGCACAGUUUAAAUGGCAUGAUGGAUCUGUGAAGAAUGUGCAUGUCGAUCCAACGUUGCUUUUUGAUUAUCAGGUUUGUUGAUGCCUUUGUUACUCUUCCGUCAGUUUUUUUUUUUUUUCAGAUAUUUUUGUUAUGCCUAAUUUUCCCCUUAGUUUAGAGCGGACUGAUACAACAUUCAGAUUAUUGCAGAAAAUAGCAGAUUUCAUUUGUCUGUGAUAAAAGUUAAAUUGAAAUUGAAUCAAGAGACAGAAAUCAUUUGUUUUUUGGCUGUUUGUUUGUUUUUACAGCGUCACUUGGAAUCUGCCGUUCACCUGUACAAAAGACGCGUUGAUUGGCUUUCGGUUGGUUGCAGAAGAAUAUUUGGAACAGUUGUGGAAAAGAGGUAAUUUCAGUUUCAAAUUGUCUAGCUGGAGCACAAAACUUUACUGCCUAGGAAGAACACUCUCGCAAAUACCUCUGUGAUACACAAUACUCCUGAUGCAGACGACAUUUGACCAUUUUGAGAGCAAGCCUGAAAGAGUCUUCACCAACUGCAAAGUGGCUCCAACACAAAUGCCUCUAGUUCAGAUAUAAAUAUACAUACAUACAUAAACAGCUCAAAGAAUGAAUCUGAUAAAUAUUCAUCUGCUUAUGUGUUAGCAAAUUCCAUCGUUAUUUUGUGAGUUUCAGGAGAUAUCUAUAGCCUAAACAGCACAUAAUUGCCUUGUUCAGGAGCGUAGCUAGAAGGGGAUAGAUACCUCAAGGGUUAAAAUUCCUUGCUUCAAGCAUUUUCUCAUUUCUUGCAGGGUUAUUGUGUUGUUGGACAUGUCAAUAUGUAUGUCGCCAGCUGUUCCUAAGCUUCAAGAUCACCUCAGACUUUUACUUGAACAACAAAUGGCCAACAAGACCUCCUACAACUUUAUUUGGUAAUGGAACGUUUAAAUCAAGAUUUAUUUCCACCGUAAAUGUGUUUUUACUCAAAGAGGAACGCUCUUACAAGAUUUUAGACAUGUCUGCAGAAUUGAAUAAUUACAUUUACAAAGUUGGCUGUUGAUUCCCUUACUUGUCCUUUGGAUUUUUCCUCGAACUUAAGGAAACCUUUUACAUUAUUUAUCUCUUUUCCUAAAAAAUCAACGCUAUCCAAAAUGGAACGUGAUAUUGUACAGUGUACUUUGUGCUGAAACGCUGUCUAACUCAAAUAAAUAAAAAUAGUACGGUGUAGAAAUUUAUAGUGCAUUAUUCAGAUGGCAUUACUUUUUGCCCGAUGUGUUAAUUUUAAAGUUUUUGCUGAGGAGUAUGGGGUAGGAAAGGAGCUUGCUAGAUGAGAGGGAGGGGGGCUUAGCAGAAAAUUACAGCCUUGGGAAUAUAUCGAAAAGUAUUUAUAAUUGAGGCUUGCUUCAUUGUUCGAAAAAUGUCGUAUUUUAUUUCAGUUUUGGUGAUAAGACUGAGAUGUUUCGCCCCGUCAUGGUAGAACCAUCUCCUGAGUAUCUUGAGGCGACUUGGAAGUAAGUCGUUUUUAUGUUAACUUAUGUUAAAGAUUUACCACGAGCGUUGUGGAAAGAGACAUGGAAAUUCCCUUUCCUCCAAGAAUUUGAUGCUCUACUACUGAGCGACAGAGAACUUUGGAUGUAACAUGCAAAAUACAACAAAUCAUUUUAUACUCGGAGAUAUUUACCAAAGCACUAGUUGCAUGAACAGAUUUUUGACAACGGUAAGAUUUCGUGUGAUUGUGUGACUGUACUGAAGUUGAAGAAUCUACUGUUUCUGUCAGAAAGAAAGGUAGCAUUUGGCAAAUUUGAUUAGGCUAACAAGAAAGAAAACGUUUCAUUCCGAUGGAGCAAAAGUUAACCCGUAAGUGUAUUUUUGUCAAAUGAUGUAAUCAUUUUACCUGUAGGUGGCUUCUUCGGAGAGGUUGUACUGGAAGCAGAAACUUUUUGGAUGCUUUUAGGAAAGCUGUGGAAAAUGAAGAGGAAAAGGCUCGUGGUAUUGGUAAGAAAAAAAAGUUACUUCUUAAUGUGAAAGUGUCACCACAGUCUAAUUUGAGGUUGCCGAUUUUCUUAUAACGCUUUUUUCCUUUAGAAGUUGAAGGGAUUUAUGUAAUAACAAGUGGAGUCCCGGAUGAACCAAAGGUAGGGAAAAUUUUAAAGUAGAUGUAAAGCCACAAAACUGUCUAAAGCGCGGGAAAAUGCGGGCGACCAAGCUGCCCGCGCCAAGUUUUUAGUUCUGCAUUUGAUUGGUUGAGAGGAUGUUUCGAGUUUUCUGGACCAAUCACAGUGCAAAGUUAAGUAAAAGCACCGCAAUCCUGGAUUACUUUCGACAUUCAAUUGAAAACUGCGUUCUACAGAACUUACUUCUACAGAAAUUGCAAUUAGUACUCCUUAUAAAUGCGUCCUUUUUACUCAAAAGAACAGAAAUACCUAGUGCGACUCUGCCCUCAUGUUUUUAUUCACCACAUGAUGAUCGUUAACUCCUGUCACUGUAGACUUUGUCACACUAAGGCUUGGCAAUUUUUUUUUCGCUCUUCUCAGGAGGUAGUCUGUGGGUUUUUACGUGAAGCUUUAGCCGGCUCCGACACAGCAGUGCAUACUAUUUUCUAUGAGGUGGAUGACGAAGAUGGCUUGAUAGCAAUACCUGGAAAGUACGCCGACAGAGGAAAGACCGCUGAGUGCUUGAGACAGAUGGCUCAUGCUGUCAAUGGCCGGUUCCACUGGUAUAGGAGUGGAGGUGAAUUUACCAAUGCUUUUUCUUAGUUCUUGUCUUUAGAUUUACUACGCCAAGGGAAUUUCGGCCUUCCGUUCUUUCCAAUUUCAUCCAGCUUAGGUACAUCUACCCCAGUGCUUUCCAUAACAUAAGGACUGACAUGACAUCAAAUCUUUAUCCCUUGACUAACUGAUCGUCUUACCCCUAACUCUCUUGUUGAAAUUAUCGUACCCUUUGUUUGGUCUAGGGAAACUCGCGCCACCUCUUCCGACCAGUCAGGUGAAAAACUUAAUCCAAUCGCGACUCGGUCAGACGCGUCAGUUUUCCCGCGCUUUUUGACAUUAACAUGCAUUUGCUUCGGUGCGAUAUCAUUGGCUAUUGGUAAUACCUGCACUUCGUUCUAAUUGGCCGUGUUAUUGGUGAUUUCUUUAGUCUUGGUUUGGCGACAUGAAUUUGAUUUUGUUAUCACACAGAAGGCCUGGUUCGAUAUUCUCAACUCAGAAGGAACUUGUUGAUGGUCUCAGCAAGUAAAUAGCAUGAAGCAAAAUCUCAGCAGAGGUGUUGUUGAUAAAUUUCCAAGCUCAACUGUAAUGUUAUAGAGGUUUUAUAAUGUUCAUCGUUACUCUCUACUUUUUUCAGCAAUUGUCGAAAGUGAUGAUCUUGGGGCUGUGUUAAAUGAAAUGGAUAAAGCUUUCAAUUACUCUCAGAAAGUAAGUAAUGUUCCCAUCUCGUUUUACACAUUUUUACUCCGCGUUUAAUUCGAAUUUACCCCGUAUUUCUUGGUAGAUAAGUUGAGGAAAAGCUGUCAGGUUUCUUUCCUUUUAAGUUUUUUUUUUCAAAAAAAUAUCAUGCCAGAUUUUCACUUAGACGUGUUCAAUACAAAGCUUUACAAAAAAAACCUUUGCCAAAGAAAUUGAAAACAGCUUCUGGGAGAAUUGUUCUUAAGCAAGGUUCACUGACAGGUGUCAUAAAUGCUGUGACUUAUCCACAGGAAAUAGCCAAAAAUCAGAUCUUGAAAGGGACAGUUGUUAAAGUUGAAAAAAUUGUAGAUGUACGCGGUUUACUUCAGUUUUAACUUGAUUCAAUGUCGAACGAUCUGAGGGAAUAUUUAAGUCGGAACCCCCCGGAAUCGGAUGAGGUUAUCGUAAUCUACUAGCAUUGAAUAGCCUGAUCUUGAGUAAUACUUCUUUUCAGAUUUCCAUUCUCUUGGAAACAGUUAGAAAAAAAAAACCAGUGGCGCAAGUGGUAUGUUUGUCCAACUUUACGUCUAGAGGAUUUAUGAUUAUUAUAUUAACUCUUUCUCUCCCAAGAUCAAUAUUCCGCGCUGUCUACCAGUCACUUCUUACAAAUUUUGCUCUGAGAAUAUUGUGUUAAAUCAAACAAUAUCCCCUUGUUUGACAUCAUCCUUUCUUCUCGUCACCUUUGCUCUUGAAAGUGUAUUGAUCUUGUAAGGAGAAAUUCCAUUUUCGUCACUCGCAUGUGUGGAAAGGUUCAAAUUCCUCAAUUACAAGGGCCUUCCAAGAGGAGCUUAAGUAUUUGUUUAUCUCUCUCUCUCUCUCUCUCCACUUUCUCUUUCAGAUUGGCGACUCAAAUGAUGGUGAAAAUCAACUUGUUCCCAGGCCGCCAUCUGCUGGCAAGUCCCGAUUACCACUGACCCCACCUAGACAUACUGCACUAACCAAGGCUCGAAUGGUACGAUUUCUUGUUUAUUCUCUGUCAAGAUGGUCGCCUAGGGGACCUUUUAUCAUUCGAAAGUUGAUGGGUUUUUCUGAGUGACAAAAGCGUUUUUGAGAGAACCGAGGACAAGUGAUUUAAGUGGAAUCAUAUCAGAAUAUUGAAAGGCCCUGACACAACUGUUAGUCUCUUAAUACUGACAUUAGAUUUCUUUUGUUAAAUAAGACGUUACACCUUCAAAUUUUUACCAGGAGUAUGUGGGUGUCUUGAUACUUUUGCCACCUAGAAACUGAUUCAGAAUCCCUUGUUGUAAUGCUGUUAUAGGAAGUGAGGGAUGCUGAACUAGUGGAGGGUAUUGUAGAGAGAUUAAAACGAAAUUUAAAGGACAGCCUGCUACUAGGACUUAAAAGUGGUCCUUGGAAAGUAGCUACUGUAAAGCUAGGCUAAAAAGUGAAACUUUCACACUACAUUGUAAACAACGCCUUUAUUUCCAGCUUAAAUUUGUAAGUGUUCUUUGCAAAAAAAAAAAAACCAAAAAAAAAUCAAGCUUCUGACACCUCUAAUAAAACAACUAAACGGCGAAGGAAUAAAUGAUUUCUUUAGACUAGUUGAGUUUAAGGUACAUAUUAAAAUCCGUGAUAAGGUGUUCCCAUGGUAUGCAUACAGAUUUAUCGUGAGGUAUGUUAAUUUUAAAGUGUUAUUUUGUAUAAAUUGUUUGGUUUGUUUUUUGUUUAGAAGAAAAAGGGUGGCUGUGCUUUGCCUCCGAUAAAAGCUACAAACGAAGAUCUUGUAAGAACUAGAAAGUUUUUAAGACUGUCGUCUUUCCUUCCUUCUGUUUCUCUCUCGCUGCUAUUAAAAUCACAAAUGUAUUAUCCAUCUAGUUUGUAAAUCCACUUUAACUUUUUCGAUUUGACACGGAUGUAAAUUGUUAGGCAAAACUAAAAAGCUUUAGACAAAUCUCGAGAAUGAAUGAAUUAGAUUGUAAAAUGAAAAAAACUGGAGUUUGAUGCGGAAAGAUAAAGCUGAAGGUUGCUUAUGACUUUAAAAAUAUUAAAUUUUUACCUAAGAAAUUAAUUCGACAUAUGUUUCUCCCACGCAUGUAACAUGCGAAGUUCUACCCACACACGUCCUAAUUUUUUCUCCUCUCAAACGCCUCAAGGGAUUUUAUCUAAUGAGUUUCUCAAAAAAAUUUCCGUCUAAUGAAACCUUUUUUAAGAGUAGAGGUUUCUGGUCAACGUUCUUUACACAUGUAAUUGUUUUCACCAAAAGUCGUAAACAUGUUUGUGUCAGAGAACUCAUGGUCACAAACUUAGUCACAUGCAUAUUCCUGUUUUCAGAGUAUUCGUCCCCAGACGGCGGGCUCUAGUCGACCCAGUUCCUCAACAAGUGGUAAAAAGGCCAGGCCACAAAGUGCAUCAUCUCAAACUAAGGAAUCGACGUUGAAGGCCCUACAGUGGAAACCUCCCACAGUGAACAGUACUACCUCUCUUAUACCUGCACGUGAGUGAGGGAUUAACUCCUAGAAGUGAUUAACACGUAACUUCUCCCCACAUAAUAUCCAUACAUUAUCCAAUAAACAGGUAAUGAGAAUACUCAACUUAAAAGGAAGAAGUCGUUAUCUUGAUCUAACACCAACUAAUAUGCAGGGAAAUGUAUAGCAUGUGGAUGACUGAGGUGCGUUUUGUUGUACUUUGCUUCUGAUUGGUUGAGAGGAUGGCGCGAGUUUUCUGAACCAAUCACAAGGCACAAUAAAACAAAACCAAUGUAAUCCUGGUUUACGUUAAGUUUUGCAAAUUGCAUCUAACGACCCCGAUCUUAACAUAUGACCCGUACCUCGCUUGAUAGAAUCUUUUCCCUGUCUUCUGCAGCUCCUCCAGCUAAAAGUGUUGUCAAAGAGAGAAGACCGUGGUCAGGUGGCGUUAAACCGGUUCAGCAGGCUUUUUACACCGAAUGGAAAAAUGAAACAGGUUUGUUUUGUAAUCGAUGGUGUAAUUAAGAAAAUUGUUUCAAAGAUAAUGAAUAAAUAUCACGCUUUCUUUAUUCUGUUAUAACUCGUUACCAGGCUCAGUCGCAUUCUCAGGCUCUUUCAGUUUGGCUCUACGUUCCCCUAAUUCCCCCCCCCCUUCCCUCUUCUUGGAGCGAGAGAGGGCUCCCUUGGGGUAGAAUAAGGCAGACAGGGUUUAUGUACGUCAUCAAAACACAUGUCUUGUUCUUUCACACAGGUGCAGUUUUCACUCAGUAUCCUUCCAAAAAGAAAGUCAGACGACCGAUCAAGCAUCCAUUUAUACCCGACAAAGAGGAAAGCGUUAGCACCAGAGAGGUAGAAAUUCAUAUCUGUGGCUUUUUCUGUUAUCUCUUUAUGCAAAGGCAACUUUGAGCAAAGGAAAGCGGUCGGCGAGGCAAGAAAGUCAAGUGCAACUCAGCGGGCCUUACUCCCACCCUCUUCCUUCCCCUCCCCCCUUCCCUUAGUGAGUGCGUCAUUGAUUUGAUAUCCUCGCAGACCGGCUUAUCUUUCUAGCUCCAGUCGCACCAUUUCUUCCAUUUCUUUCUGUCUUAAUGGCAAUCGAGAGCCUGCAUGUGCACACACUCGCGAUCACACAGAAUUCUUAAGUAUCUUUGCCUUAAUUUUCAGUGGAUGCGUCAUUAUAGCCUCUCAAAGCUUAAGUUGGACCUUAAUAACAUUGUGGGAACUGCGGAAUGUUCACACGCGAAAGGAAAAGUGUCAUCUCUGGGACAGUCAGUAACUGCAAGGUAAGUGAAUGAAAUGUGAAACUUGUAUGCGUCAUUUACACUAUUCAACCGUCAAAACUUCAACAUUAGUUGGUUUCUUUCAGUUAACCCUAAGUAAUAGGAUUCACUGAUUUCUAUUCGGAUGCGACUGAUUAGCCCGGCGUGCGCGAGCGAGAAGUCGCGCGUGAGAUACUGAUGCCGCUCUCUUUACAGCGUGUCUGGCUUCUCCCGCGCCUUCCGCGCAUUUUGGUCGCCUGCUACGCAAGAUAUUGAAGCGAGGACAGUUGUUGUGGGUCUGGAAAGGUGAUCCUCAGUGACAAUUCUAGAAAAGAAACUAUUUUACGAGAAACAUUUUAAUAAUCCUUAGGAGAGUAUUCCUCAGCAAACAUAAUCUAGGAGUCAUAUACACUGAGUGUAGCGCCACAUCAAAUUACUUGAAUUUAUCGUUUGUUUCCAAUCAUUUUUCAGAUACUGCAACAUUUUCCCAAGCGUAGAAGUUAAGGUAAUGUAUUUUUGGUUUUACCAUCUUGUCCUACUGAUAUCCAGCUCACAGUAUUACUUUACUGCGGUUCUCAUUUUCACUUUUCUGAGGUUUUAAAAAAUAUGGCUGUUUUACCUUUUAAAGAGUACGGAUUUUAAGUAUCUGCGGGAUGUAAUCCUCGUCAAAGUUUAAGCUCUAUGCUAGCAGAAAAACAGGAUGUUUUUUGUUUGGGUUUUGGUGAUUUGUCCUUUUUUAUAAGAAUGCAAGAAUAGUUGUUCUUUGAAAGAUUACGAAGAGAACAACAGUAAGACAUUAACCUGAGUGUGUAUCAAGGCAUUAAUUUAGGAAAAAACUGUUGACAUAAUUUUUCAGGGAGUUGUGAAACAUCUCCAUCUGCUACCGCACGAAUUAGAAGAUUAUGAGGAUCAAGUGGAAAAGGUUUUAAGAAGAUACGUGAAAAGACUGCAGUGGUUACUGAGCGGUAAUUUUAACUUUUUAUUUAUUUAUUUAUCGUAUAAGCGACUGUAGGAAGUUUUGAUCGAACUACAGUUAGUUGUAUGAAAAUUUCCACCUGUCUUAGUGCCGAAAGCUAGUUUAAAUUGGUGGAUUAGGCAUAUCGUCUCCUUAGGCGUGGAAGUCUAAGUAAAGCCUGUUACAGGGGUUUCAUUAGUGUUAUACAACUCUCAAACAAAACUGACGGUAAAGCAGGAAGGAUUUUACCAGCCUUAAUUCGCGUCCCUUUAUUAGCGCUACAGCGUCGCUGGUUGUUGACUGAACCAAUGAAACAGCCUAUAUAUGUUGACCAAUGAAACGAAAACUCUGUCACUGCAACCUCCCUCUAUUAAUAGUUGUAAGAGUUUUUUGUUUUGUUUUGUUUUAAUUUUAGUCCAAAAUGUAUUUCUCUUUUUUGUCACCAGGUAGUAAACGUGUGUUUGGCACAAUAGUCGAGAAAAAUGUAAGUAAGCGGCCGAAGCACAGCCAACUAUUUUUUUUUUCUGCUACCUUUCCUUUAUCUCCUUCAUCCACGUUUCACUGCCCAUUGCACGUUUCGUUUAUACCUUCACACCCUAACAUCAGUAUCCAUAUUCCCCAUACUCUAUGCUAUGCAUUUUCUUUGGUACUGAUCGGGAGAAUUCGUUUCAUAAUCGAAGAUUAUUAGGUUUGCGAUCAUUUCUGUCAUUCUCAUGAUCGUUAUGAAUGAGUCACCAAUAUUACUGUAAGGAGAAAUUAGAUGCCGAUCUCUCUUAGGGUUCAACGGAUGAAGGGAAAACAGUCUUUCAGGUCGUUGGCCAUUCUUACCGGACUUGUGGCCUCAUUUUGUUGUUGUUGUUGUUGCUUAUUUGUUAAUUUUUUUAAUGUUACGUUAUUUAUUUCUCAGGUGGUGGUGUUGAUCGACACUUCAGGCUCCAUGGUCAGCAGCAUGGAUGAACUGAAACGAGAGCUGGUUGCGCUUGUCUGGGACCAGAUUAGACACCAGGCUACAAAGUAUGUUAACAAAACCGACGAUCGUGUUACGCACGUUAAAAAAAAACCUCGAGCUGAAUUGUUUUGAUAGGGAUGUAAACUAUUUUGAGAUUAAGGAGGUGUUUGCCUCGGAUUAAUUUGCUCUCGAUGUGCAUCUCUUUAGUUGUCAUUCAUUUAACAAUAUGUUUCGCCUUCAUUGUAGGUUUAAUCUCAUUCGGUUUGCCUCUGAAGUGGUGUCAUGGAAACCAAGCUUAAUGUCAACGUCAGAUGACAGCUGUCAAGAUGCUGUUGAAUGGGUUUCUGACUUUGACGCCAAUGGUAGCACGAGUACAUUACAAGCCCUUCAGGUUUGAUGAUUGGUUUUGUAGUUAAUCUCUUUUGUGUUUACUGCUUUGGAAGCAAUACUAAGCCGUUUUAAUUCCGCCCUUUUACCGUACUCGUCUUUUCCAUAUCAGUUAUCUUUAUUUAUGUGUGUGGUUAGAUAGGCCCGCCGCUGGGAGUAAACAAACGCUGGGAAGAGAGUGGUGACUUCUAAGGAUCUGAAUGAGUGUUUCCUAGAUUCUUAUCUUAGCCCACAUUUCUUUUUCUUUCAGAUGGCAUUUGAGGAUCCAGACGUUCAAGGGAUAUACCUACUGACUGAUGGAAAACCAGUUAGUUUAUGGUUUAUUAUGCCGCAGAACUUAAGAGCAGUGCCCAGAAUCGUCUUAUUUUCGAAGCAAUGCGCUUGUGCACACUCAUUAGAUCUUCUGGAAGUUCCCAUUUUGCUGUAAUUUCCAAUGAAAAUUUAACAAGGUAAACGAGAGAAUGGUUUUGCUUUUAAUAUUUUGACACAUCGUCUCAUUCUGUUGUAGGAUAACAGUACGACUAUGGUACUAAGAGAGGUGGCAAAGUUGAACUCAGGAAGGAAUGUGCGUGUUCACUGUAUUUCAUUCAACUGUGACGAUAGGUGAGUUGGUACUGUUUUUGUUUAAGUUGGAUUUUUACCGUAACUCUAAAGUUUACAAUGUAAAUGGAAAUGAAGCAAAGUCUAUGUACACCAAAUCACUCUCACGAAUUUAUUUAAAAUUCUCUCUCCGUCCACUGUUCUUUUUUUUUUUUUACCAUUUAGUGUGGCGAACAAGUUUCUUCAGCUUUUGGCCUCCCAGACAGGCGGAAGGUAAGUCCUCUAUAAUAAGUUAGAGCAAAUGUGAUCACUGGUUAGUGCAGACUGAUAACCUGCCUGACCGGUUUCCUGUUUUGUAGAUAUCACCGUUGUCAAGGUGAUCCGGAUGGACACAUGUUCACUCACAGACUCCUCGCAGAAGGAGUCUUCCGUGAAGACGAGGUAAGACCACUUGUCGACCCACAUCUUGCUGUUGUUGUUUAAAAGUUCUACCCGUUAUUUUUCAUACAGUAAAAUCUUUUUUGUAUGGUAAUCUCUCGGCUGUCAGCUCCUUGUAGAUUGGAUGCUAAGCACUUGAGGGUAUCCACCAUCCCAGAGUUUCAACCCCUGAUGAGAUAGAGGCACUGUAUGAUUUAGGUGUUUUAUCCACAGACAUAACACAAUAAACUCAGUCAUGUCAUUAUAUCCAAAGUCCAAGGUGUCAAACUUCACACCACUACAUAACCCCACUUUCAGUGACGUAGACGAAUAAAAAACACCAUGAACCUCAUGAUCAUCUUGUAAUGAAUAAACUUUUUUUUCGUUCUUAUUAACUGAUGAAGAAUGUAUUUGUCCAUUCAGCCUCUGAGCAUGCCUGUAUUUGAGGGAGACGACCUUCGCAGACUAGCAAGUGAAAUUGCUCUUUGUAGGAAGUUCCUGUUGCAGUCCAGAUCAUACAGGUAAACGCAAGUGGUUAGCGAAUGAAAUGAUACUCUAUUCCUUUUUUUUAACAACUCUAAUCAUUCAAUAAACACCUUUCCGAUUUUUCUCUAAGAACGGACGGUAGCGAAGUAAGCUCGCAACGUCGUUUGGUAUCGAAAUAAUUUUUUCCCAAUAUAUUCAUUUCAACUGAAGUAAACGACUUCUUGCAUUACGAUGCUUAUGAAAAUGUUGUGGUUCGAUUUUGUCUUUGCUUUGGGUACAUUUUUUUCGUUUACUUGUGUGGCUUACCCAAGUGCACCUUAAGUAAUUUUAAUCAAUGUUCUCUCCUUAUUGCAGGGCGUUGUUCCCCGAGAACACGAAACAAGGCCGGUCUGAAAAAUUGAAUGGUGGUGAGUGAAAAGAGCUCUUUAUUUGGAGCCUUUUCAUUCUUCUUUGUUCGAAAAAUUUCCCGAGGCUUGUAACAUCUCUUAACGAGUUUCUGAAUGAAGCUGUAACACCCUAUAGAGCCGGAUUGGAACCCCUAAGGCAGCGAUUUUUAACUUGCUGUGGUAAUAUCGAGUUCUAAAGGCCUGAACCUCUCAGUGUAGAACUUAAGUUUCUAAUACACCCCCCCAUCCCUAAUAAACUUCCUUCCGUUCUGGAAUCCCUGGCUCAUCAGAGCGGGGGAAGGAUGAAAUCACAUUCUUUUCAUUUUAUUGUUGCAGGACAAUCACUGACACAACCACGAAAUUCCAGAUCACAAGUUGGAGUGGCCACUAGAUAGAAAUAUUGGUGAAACGAGCGUUCAAAGAGUGUUAAGAGGACAUACAAAGUGUGUACAUACUAAAUUGUUUUAUCGAGAAGAUAUAGUACAGUAUUUAGUCCGAACUUAGGUGCAACAGAUAAUCGAGUGGUCUGAUCGCACGGAUGAGUGAAGUCCUGAAAAAGACUGUUGCUGCAGUGUUUGACGUCUCCACAGCCUCAGCGGAUCAGUCUCAAGUACGGGGCGGGGUUAACUCUGAGAAAGCAGUCUUCUUUAUUCUCACCCGGAAGAUCAUACUGCACGAUCAAAAAGGAAAUGAUCACCAACUAAAGAAACUCUUGAUUGUUAGACAAAUUCUCCUUGUUAGUAGCACCAAAUGUAUAGAGAUUAAUAUGGAGAACUUGCAUACUGAAGUUAGGGUGUAAAGUUUUAUUGAAAACUCACGUAUUGGACGACGAUAUGACAGGCAGUACAGAGUGUUAAAAUAUGUAGCUGUAUUGAUUCUGUGGCGCAAUUGUAUAUUGCCUGAUGUGUAAAUAUUUUCUAAAGAAACACUUUUGAUGCUUUUGUAAAGAUAGCGAUUGCUCGACUCUCUAAGAUAAUUAACCUUAAAAAGCAAGACAGUUUUGUUACGUUGUAGCGAAAUUGUAUAAGGUGUAGGACUCUUUGAUACAAACUUCACGAGAAUUAACAGGU